UUUCCGAUAUACCAAGAUUCGUUCCCUACUUAUUAAUUCCUCCGUUUGAUUAUGAUUAAUAAUAAUCAUAGCCACCCACCCACUCACCCACCCACCCAACGCCCCCACAAAAAGUCUUGUAUUCAUUCUCCACCUCCCUUUCUCUUCUAACCCUUUAUAAACCUUACCAUAUUAUCUAAUUUUCCUAACAACUCAUUCAUCUAAACCUCCUUCUUCAUUCUUCUCUCAACUAUCAAAAAAUGGGUCUUAAUGAUCAAGAUUCUCUUCACCUUGUUCUAGGUUUAUCUUUGAAUACUUCUACUACUCCAAAGGAAAUAACUACCACCACCCCCAUGAAUCCCUAUUCCACCUCCAACGAGCCAUCCUUAACGUUAGGACUCUCUGGUGAGAGUUAUAACCUUAUAAGUCACAAACAAGCUACCAAAGGUUAUGGUGAGGAACUUUGUAGACAAACUUCAUCACCUCAUAGUGUUGUUAAUUCAUCUUUCUCAAGUGGGAGAGUACUGCAAGUGAAGAGGGAGAGAGAUGAAGAAGAAGAAGAAGUAGAAGAAGAGAGGGUUUCUUCAAGAGUUAGUGAUGAAGAUGAAGAUGCUACAAAUGCUAGAAAGAAAUUGAGGCUUACCAAAGAACAAUCACUAUUGCUUGAAGAAAGCUUCAAACUACACAGCACUCUCAAUCCUAAACAAAAACAAGCUUUAGCGAGACAGUUGAAUCUAAGGCCACGACAAGUUGAAGUAUGGUUCCAGAAUCGGAGAGCCAGAACAAAGCUGAAACAAACAGAGGUGGAUUGCGAGUUCUUGAAAAAAUGUUGUGAAACAUUAACAGACGAAAACAGGAGGCUCAAAAAGGAGUUACAAGAGCUGAAGUCAUUGAAAGUAGCACAACCUUUGUACAUGCCUAUGCCUGCAGCCACCCUCUCCAUCUGCCCGUCUUGCGAAAGACUCGGCCGCGUCGCCGACGGUGGUGGUGGUUCCAAUAAGAUCACUGCCUUCACUAUGGCUCCAAAUACUCAUUUCUACAAUCCUUUCAACAAUCCUUCUGCAGCAUGUUAAACAAAAAAAGAACAAAUAUGUCGAGUAUAGUACGUAUUUCCCACAACCAUUGUAUUUUUUUGGUUGAGGGAUAUAUACGUUUUGCUAAGCUAGGGAAACGUACGUUGUAAUUAGUUUAGCUAAUACUGUAGAAAAUUAUAGUAACUGCUAAUUAUAGUUACUUUUAAUUUUGUGUUUUCUUCCUAUUGUAUGUUUUAUAAAUCAUUAUAGAAUACCUCAUUCUAAGAAUCUAAAGACAUUAGUACUAGUAUUUUUUCAUUGUUUUUUUUUUUUUUUUUUGGGGUGUAUUUUUUCAUUGUUGAAGUUUGUUUUCUUCAUUUUUCAUGUAUUGUUCCUUUGAAGAGUAUUUUAUCUCGA